AUGGCCGAUUCCCAAAUCCCCCAGGUCAGGCGCAAUGCCCCAACCGUCCUCUCGGCCGCCGACCUCAUCGGCAACACGCCCCUCGUCAGGCUCAACAAGGUGCCCCAGAGCCUGGGAAUCGAGUGCGACGUCUACGCAAAGACGGAGCUGUUCAACGCCGGCGGCAGCGUCAAGGACCGCAUCGCCCUGAGGAUGAUUGAGGAGGCCGAGAAGAGCGGCAGGAUCAAGCCCGGCGACACUCUGAUCGAGCCCACCAGCGGAAACACUGGUAUCGGCCUGGCUCUCGUCGGCGCCAUCAAGGGCUACAAGACCAUCAUCACCCUGCCGGAGAAGAUGUCCGCCGAAAAGGUCUCGGUCCUGCGAGCUCUCGGCGCCACCAUCAUCCGCACGCCCACCCAGGCCGCCUGGGACAGCCCCGAGUCUCACAUUGGUGUUGCCCGCCGCCUCGAGAAAGAGCUGCCCAACGCCCACAUUCUCGACCAGUACAGCAACCCGGCCAACCCCGAUGCUCACGAGUUUGGCACCGCCGAGGAGAUUUGGGAGCAGACUGGUGGCAAGGUGACUGCUGUUGUCGCUGGUGCGGGAACUGGCGGCACCAUCACUGGUAUUGCAAAGGGACUGAAGAAGCACAACAAGAACGUCAAAGUCAUUGCCGCUGAUCCUCAUGGCAGUAUCUUGGCUCUGCCCGAGGCGCUCAACGAGGAGCACAUGAACGAGGGAUACAAGGUCGAGGGCAUUGGCUACGACUUCAUCCCCGACGUUCUGGACCGUGACAUUGUGGACAAGUGGUACAAGACCGACGACAGGCAGUCUUUCUACCUUGCCAGGAGGCUGAUUGCCGAGGAGGGUCUUCUCGUCGGUGGCAGCUCCGGCUCUGCCAUGGCCGCGAUGCUGCUGGCCGUCAAGGAAUACGGUUUCAAGAAGGGCGACACGGUGGUUGUUGUUCUCCCCGACAGCAUCCGCAGCUACCUGUCCAAGUUUGCCGACGACGACUGGCUGGCCGCCAACAAUCUGCUUGCUCCCACCGGAUCCGAGUCGGCACCCGAGACUGGCAACAAGGCUGCCUCUGACCCUUACGAGGGCGCCACCAUUGCUUCUCUCCGCCUGAAGCCCGUCACCUCCGUUGCCGAUUCCGCCCUGUGCUCCGAGGCCAUCGAGACCAUGCGAGACAAGGGCUUCGAUCAGCUGCCCGUUCUCUCCUCCUCCAGCAAGCUGGUUGGCCUCGUCACCCUCGGCAACCUUCUCAGCUACAUCUCUCGCGGCCGUGCGACAGCCCAGACCCCCGUCAAGGACGUCAUGUUCGACUUUGGCCGGCUGGACGAGAUUGUCACCGACCCCCGCAAGUUGACCAGCGGAACCAAGACGGGCGGCAAGCGCAAGUUUGUCGAAAUCACCAUGGAGACGCCUCUUUCUACUCUUGGCAAGUUCUUUGAGUGGAACAGCGCUGCCGUCGUCACCGAUGGCAAGGGUGAUUCUCACUCCCUGUCCAAGCCCAUUGCCAUUGUCACCAAGGUUGAUCUGCUCACCUGGAUGGUCAACCAGAAGCUAUAA